AUGCUCAGUCAACAAAAUCCGGGUCAAAUAAGGCCGGACACUCAUUCCUGAAUAUUUCUUCCCUUUGACAUGGCAGCAAGGUGACUGAAACUGUGGACGGCCCUGAUGCGAUCCUAGCCCGGCUUUUAUUUAAUUGUCUGUGCUUCAUGAAAACGUCAUUGUUUACUGUCUUAAUACUGCACAGACCGCGUGAGCUUUCUGAUUAUGCGGUAGAAUAGGCCUACACAUUAUAAUCCUUGAAAGUGGGAUUACUGAAGUUAAUAGUUGCAUGCGCACAAGAGUCGUUAUAGUCACGGUGGUAUGUGGAAUGUGAGACGAACGUCACCAUUUUCCUGCAGAUUUGCUGUUUGAGAGAGAUGAUACUACACUCGACUUCAAUAGGCCUGUAAACUGGGGUGAAGUUCAGGCAGAAGAUGAAAACGGAUUCUCCCAGGGCCACAUCGAACUAAUAAGUCGCUCUGCCAUUAAAUGUAUGAUGCUGCUUUGAACGCCAAGACGACGAUCAAUUAACAUCAAAGUAGCGGGCUGAACGAUUUUAAUUUACCAGAAAGAAUCAGAUCGAAAGGCGUCAUGUUAAAGCUCGGCUGUCUCCUAAUCGUCUUCAAGUUGCUCACUAUUUCGCCACGUGCACGGGCCACAGUUUGUUCGUACAACUGCCCACAGCGCUACACCACAACGUGUGGAUUUUUGGGCUUGUCUCGCUGCACCAGAUACAGAGACCGAAAUUGCUACCAGUGUUGUAGUGGAUGGACUGGAAGCACUGAUUCCGGUUGCAGCCAAGCCAUUUGUUUUGGUGUCACUACAUGUCCCAAUGGAGGAUCUUGUACAAAUCCAGACUCUUGCACCAAUUGCAACCGAGGCUAUUACUCUCCAAGAUGUGAUGCGUGUUCACCCAUUGCCAACUGUCUUGAAGUGUUCUGCAGCUCAUCUUCAGAUCAGAAAUGUGAUCGGUGUGAUGGUGAAUUCGGCCCUACUAGUGGAAAUGCCUUUCAGAAAUCUGGUGACCAGAGACAAUGCAUCAAGCAAUGUUCAUGGCGGAGUGACAGCACUGCAUGCUACCCAGGAUCCUGCUCAAAUUUCCUGUGUGCUUGCAGCCCAGGAUUCUCAGGAACUGACUGCAGAACAAUGAGUGAAGUACCAGUGAUAUCAGAGCAUCGUGUCACCCUGAUUGAGGGGACGACAACUGUGGAAUCCCCCACGGUCCAGGGAAGUACGGCCACUGUUUAUACCAACCUAAGAAACCCUCGCAACCUCAGAAUCAAUUGGAUUAGCUCUUACCGGCCAUCUACCACGCUCCCAAACCCUUCAGCAGGUGGACAUCCUUACAUUGAAAGUGUGGGCAUUGGUCUCAUCAGUGCACAGGUCUCUGCUUAUGCCAGACGUGUCGGCACUGGGACAAAUGUUUAUGAAUCGGGUUCACAGGAGUGCACAACAUCAACAACUGGAAAUUCUUUCAAUGCAGACAGUCCUGCUACAGAUCUGGUAUCCUGUGAAUUCACAUUCAAUGUCAAUGCCUACACACCACAAACAGGAGAUGUACUGAGGUCUGAUGUGGAGUCUUUCAACGGUGGAGUCUUGAAACUCUACAACCGAGACUUCUAUAAUCUGGUUGUCCCACGAUACUACACUGGCAGGUCAACCUCCAACCAUGCAACCAUCACCUUUGACUUUGAUGAGCCUUAUCACUGUGUGAAUGCUGGAUGUAGAAACUCAAUGCUACAUGCAGGCAAUGAUGUGACUACACAGGCAAGGAUUACCAUCACAUGGCAAAGCUGGGAUGACAGUCUCUCUGGCAUCAAAGAAUACGAUCUGCAAGUGCGACAGCUGUCAGGUAGCCAUGGCAAUGAGAUGACAGAAAUCUUUGACAGUCCAGCUGUUUAUAGUGGAGUGACCAGCUCUGGUCACGCUGUCACUUUGCCCCAUGUUGGUGUGUACUCCAUUAUUCUCUCUGUCAUUGACAAUGCUGGCAACGCCAAACUCAGCAGACGUUUUGUGUUCUUUGACGACGAUCCAAACGACGUCACUAUUCAGAAUGAUAACCCUAUGAGGAUCCUGUCAGCAUCUUCAAGAAGCAACUAUGUCUGGCAGACCAAUCUAAACUCGGGAGGGACGACAUCCGUGGAGAUACAGUGGACAAACAGAUUUAUCAAUUUGUAUUAUGUCAACCAAGGAUUGUUAAAACCCAUCGGGUCUUACAUCGGCGGUAACAUUGAGAGCAAUUAUGACCAGAACUUUGGGCAGCGUGGCCGUGCAGCCAUCUCUAAUACCCAAGGCAUAACAGAAUUCCGGGUCUUACACGACAUCGACCACAGCGGUGGCAGGACUACCAUCACAGUUAGCAAUGACAACUCAAACAACUGGAGUAAUGAAGGCACAAACACACAAGAGACCUAUGACCUGACCCUAGUGGACGGUGAUUCCAUUCGGUUCUGGGUGGAGGCUAGGGACCUAACUGGGCACUUUGUGAGGGACAGUGUGUUGGUUCAUGCUGAUUCCUCCCCGCCUGUGAUUGAAGACUUCUGGCUAGUACGGGACGGGGAGGUGAAUCUAGCUGUUCAUAGUUCAGCCGAUCUGCAUGAGAUGAGUGUUGAGUUCAGGACCUUUGACAUUCACAGCGGUGUAAGGACCAUUCAUUGGCGACUCUGGGAUCCUGUGACGGAGACAGAAUAUGGCAGCCAGACCAUUCCAGCCAGGCAAAUCAAUCCAGACACUGAAGACUGCGAUCCAGUCAGCUGUAUGUGUGUCCCAGUCGGUGAUUGUUACGCUGUUGACUACGGGUUUAAUCCAACUUUCCACAUCGGCGCCCAUGACACUGAUUACUUCAUCACAUUAACGGUUACCAACCAUGCAAGACUUAUUACUACCAAAACAAUCAGGAUAACCGUAGAUACGUCAGGCCCUCAAGUAGGUGUGGUGAAUGAUGGGAUACGCGGGUCUAAUGAGGUAGACUUUCAGGAGGGCAAUGACCUCUCAGCUCAUUGGGAGGGGUUCUUUGACAAGGAGAGCGGGGUCAAAUUCUACCAGUAUCUCUUUGAUGAUUCCUGCUGGAUGGAUGAGACGUCAAUCGGAAGGGUAAAAGAUGAGAUGACAAGAACCACUUCUACGCAUGCGAGUUGGACAGCCCCCUCGCCUGGCCAGUACUAUGUCACCGUCAUUGCUUACAACCGAGCUCUGGAACCCUCAGAGGCUGUCUGUUCCGACGGUGUCGUGAUCGAUACCAGCCCACCAGAGUUGACCCAGAUUGCUAUCAGCUAUGCUCGGAUGUGGCCUGGUCUGGCCAAGGAUGCUGAGGGUCGGGUGUGGUUCAUCAACGAGCAUCGCAGGAAGAUGGAACUGAUGGAUGCAUCCAGUGACUGCAGUGCUAAGGCUGGUCUGGUAGAUGAUUUGUCUGUUUAUCCUGAGAUGUCUGACAUCAACGAAACCUCAGCAAUCCUCCAAGGAGACCUAGACUGCCUCUGGAUCUCAGCCGUCCAGCAGAAGUUCUACCUUCCUACCGACAAACACUUGACUAUCUCCUGGACCGCAGAGGAUACAGAGAGUUCAAUCUACGAUUACGAGGUCGGAUACAGCUCAAGCCUCGUCAUCGACUUCUUCACCUCCGUGUCGACAUCGGGUCAUGAUCACUUCAUGUUGCACCAUCCUCACUUCAGCCAUGGAUCCGUGUUACAUGUGACUGUGUUGGCCAUCAACAAAGCUCAGAUAUCUACGUCCAAGGUAAUUGGUCCAAUUAUAGUAGAUACCACCCCACCCAUGUUUGUUGGGCGUGUCUCUGUCCAUGUGGAGGAUGAGUACUUGAUUGCUGAAUGGGGAGAUAGUGGUUUCAUUGAUGAUGAGGAUACCAGCCUGAGAUACCAAGUUGCCAUCGGGAGCACCCCAGGCGGCACAGAAACUCUCCCUUUCCAGGAAGAGAAGGACUACAAAAUUGGUCCUUGUUCAUCCCAAACCUCCUGUGCUGCAUUCUCAUUGGCUGACCUAGACUGGCAUCUCCAUGGUGAUCAUGAAUAUUACGUGUCAAUCAGAGCACAGAAUGGCGCUGGGUUAGCUACGGUGGGGACGUCAUCGGUUUAUAGACACAUCGUGCAGUUACCAUCUCUGGGUGUUGUAUUGGAUGUCGCACCCCCUGGGGAAGAGGUGGACGUGGACUUUGGGGUAGCCAAGGAUAUUGAUGUACAGAUGAACACCACAAGCAUCUCAGCUCGUUGGUUUGGUUUUGAGCAUCCUCAUCUUGAUAUCAACUAUGAGAUUGCCGUCGGAUCAGAAGGAGGUCCUACUGAUGUCAGUGAUGGUUUCAUCAAUGUCGGCAAUGUAACCUUCUAUCGACUGCAUGGACUGGAUCUCAUGCCACUCAUGACAUAUUUUGUGACUGUCCGAGCCAACUCAGAAGCUGGUAGUGUCACUGUCACCUCAGAUGGUGUCAAAGUCAUUCAGGAGGGUCAGGCACUGGAGGGAGCUGUGAUCAGAGAUGGACUGGGAUGCAGUCAAGAUGCUAUGUCCGUAUCAUCAGGAUUAUCUCAUCACUCAUCUGUUGCUGAUCAACCCUGCCAGGAUGACAUCACCUACCAAUCCUCUACCUCAGACAUCUCAGCUCGUUGGACUAUCCCUGAGAUGCUGCAGCCUUUUGUUACGAGCGUUCUCUGGGCAGUUGAACAGGAGAUCGAAGUCAAUUUGGAUGAUGAGACCACUACAAUGGAGUGGAUUACAUUACUUGAUGAUCAAGAUCUUGGCAUGGCAUUCCAACAUGUUCAGGCUGGUUCAGGGUUGCACAGUGGAGCUCAUUACAGAUCCAAGGUUCAGUUUUGCCAUGUUGGCGUCUGCUUCCAACCCAUCGUCAGUGAUGGAUUCUGGGUAUUAUCACAACCUCCCGAGGUCGGUCAGGUCACAGUCGGCAACAUUGAGACCACGCAAGGCAGGACAGAGAUCAGCGUGGUCUUCCAGCCUUUUGCGCAUGAUUAUGUCCGUCAUGACAACCAACAAGUACUGAUGGAUUUCUAUGAGUGGAGCAUUGCUGAGGAUGGUAGCGAUGGAGCACUGCUCAGUCCCUGGAUGAGAAUCCAGGAUUUGGUGCCAAGCGGAGAUGUAGUUCGCUUCACAGCAUCCUACAGUGGUUCCUUGGACCUGGAUGUCUGUCUUCGGUUAUCAGUGAGGGGCUACAAUAAGGCUGGUCUGUCUUCCAUCGCUAGUACGGAGAUUGUUGACUGUGAUGAUGCAUCACUGGUCGUCCCUCAUACUGUCAUUGAUGCUGAUCAUGAAGUCAACAUUGAGCAGAAUGCCAUGUGGCCGGAACCAGACAAGAACUACAUCUCAUCUACGUCUUCAUUAUCAGCAGUCUGGCCCACACUACGCCACAGGGCCUACACCUGGGCAGCCAUUUUGGAUACUGGAUCCACUGCAUUUGGCAACUUGGACGAUGGUCUGCAGUAUCCCUGCGAUCAUCCAAGGGCGAAGGCUUGUGGGAAAACAGACAAAGAAUUUGUCAACGUUCCCAAUUUGGUUCUUGAACAUGGCAUGCGUUAUCGCAUUUGUAUCCAUGCCGAUGAAAUGACAUUGGAGCAUGAGUUGUGGAAUGAACAGCUGCCUGCUGUGUCCAGCUGUAGUGAUGGCGUUGUCAUAGAUACGACCCCACCGACCCCUGGCUCUGUCUGGAUUGGAUGGGACCAGCAUCAAACUUACCAAAGUUCUGUGUCUGAGUUAGUUCUUCACUGGGAGUCCUUCACUGACAUUGAGGAGCACGGCAUGGCACGUCAUCACUCUGGGAUCAAGCACUAUGAAUAUGCCAUCGGUUCGAUGCGAGGUGGUGGUGACGUGAAAGAGUUCACUCGUGUUGGAAUCACCAACGGCGUUAUUGUACACAGCUUGAGAUUACAGAAUGGACACAAGUAUUAUGCUACAGUCAGAGCAACUGACUUUGUUGGUCUGUCAUCACAAGCCAUCUCCGAUGUUAUUGUCAUUGAUACAUCAUCGCCUGUCAUCAGUGCUGAACAUACAUUGGACGUUGGAGGCAGCUUCAUCCGAUCUACAACUUCCAUCUCAGCAAGUUGGGAGAAUGUAUUCUCAGACCAGGAGAGUGGUGUUGCAUAUUACGAGUGGGCCUUGGGUUCACAUCCAGGUCAUGCAGACAUCAUGCCAUUUACUAGAGAGAGUACAGAGAUCGGGGUCAGUGACCCCUCACAACCUUUGCUCCUUCAAGAAGGUCACUCCUAUUUCAUUUCUGUUAAGGCCAUUAAUACUGUAGGUCUGAUCACACUGAAGAGCUACGGAGCAUUCACAGUUGACGCAACCCCUCCAUUGGCUGGCCACGUUUUUGACGGAAACCCAGUAAACGCCUCGGCCAAUCACAGAGACCGAGACUUCCAGGAGGAUCGUACAGUGAUCAGGGCAUUCUGGGAAGGGUUUCAUGACCCACACAGCGCCAUCGUUGGAUAUUCCUGGAGAGCUGGGAUAUGUUCAGGGUGUAGCGAUGUCAUACCUGAGCAACAUGUGGGCUUGGACACUUAUGUUAUUGCGGAGAACCUGAACUUAGUGCCUGGUCUGACCUACUAUGUGACGGUGACGGCUUGUAAUGCUGCUGACCUUUGUACCUCAGUGACCUCUGAUGGGGUCACGGUGGAUGACUCUCCCCCGGUAGCGGGGCGUGUGUAUGAUGGCGGUUCUGGGGGUGGGGAUAUCAGCUACCAAUCCUCAAGACUUGAGUUACGAGCUCAUUGGUGGGGUUUUCAUGACCCUCACUCAGGCCUCUCCCACUACGAAUGGCACGCUGGCAUGGCACCAGGAGCUGAGGACAUUCUCCCCUCUACGCGCAUCGAGCUGUCGGAGGACGCACUGGUAUUCUUGUCAGAUUCAGACAAGAUGCCUGCCAACACUGAUAUCUACGUAACGGUGCGUGCCUACAACCAGCUUGGUAUGUGGAUUGAGGCUACGUCUAACGGGUUCCGUGUGGACUCUAGUCCACCUGAUGUCAUGAGUGCACCUGCUGUAGAUCAAACUCUAGGCAUGGCCGUCAGAAACACUCAGGUUUUGCAGGAUCUGAUUCGUUUUUCCUGGAAGUUCAGUGACCCUGAGAGUGGUAUUAAGGACCAGUUUGUAUCUGUCAGCACACACCGCAACGGAGACGUCAAUAUACAUCCAAUAAAGAUUGCGGGGAGUGAAUUGGACCACACCUUCACCGAUCUGACAUUACACGAAGGCAGUCGUUACGUCAUUACCGUAGUGGCUUGUAACUUUGCUGGUCUCUGCACACAGGCCAAGACAGAACCUUUAUUGGUCGAUGGUAGUCCACCGUCCGUUGGGACAUUUGCUGUGGAUACAGAGAGUGCUGCUAACUUGGAACGUCAUCAUAUCACCUGGAUCAACCCAAACACCGAACCAUAUGAUCCUGAUGUAGCUUCCCCACCCUACCACACUGGCUGGAUGACGUGGGUAGAAGACCCCCGUACAUCCCUUGGUUCCUUAGCCCUUGCCUGGCUGGGAUUUGCUGAUAUACACUCUGGUAUCAGCCACUACUUGGUCUCCAUCGGACGCACCUACAGCGGCUCCGAACUCACCCCGAGUGGACCAGUCCGUGUUGACCACAGCUAUGACGGCAUGUCAUUAGAUGAGGGCAUCGCGCAGACAGCCAUCAUACCACUAGAGGGCAGUAUAACUGACUUAACUCCUCCAUAUCUCUACAUCUCCAUCUGGGCUGUCAACGGGGUUGGUUUACCAAGCAACCGCCAUCAUUCCACUUUCGAGCUUUCCCGAAGUUCGACAGACGAGGGCGCCCUCGUCCUGCUGCGACAAUGCUCACCUGCAACAUGCGAGGGCCACUGUGCAUGCGCUCCUAUUGAUAAAGCCUGUGCCCCGGACAGGAGUUGCAAUGACGUAACUGAUAGUAAUCCCAACACUGAGAUAGAAGUUCUGGAUGUACUUGAUCUGAUGCACAAUGAUAUCAAUACCAUGAUUGAUAUUGAUGACACAGCCACUCAGUAUAUGGCAGGUGCAGUCUGGCGAGUCACUGAGCAGAAAGGACUGGACAUCAAGUGGUUUGAGUGGAGCAUUGGUGAUGAUUCCUCGUCUAAUCCAUCGGGAGUCUUUGAUGCGGGAAGGGAUAGAAUAUGGUUUGACGUAGGACAGGACAAUAAAGUUAUCAUCAUGCUGAAUGAAGACCAAAAGCUGUCCAAGGGAGUCAAGUAUCACGUGUUCGUCCGGGCCUGGUACGAUGCUACUACAUACGCAGUGUUCAGAUCAGACGGCAUUACACCUGAUAUCACACCGCCAAAAAUAUCAACAAUCAGAGGCACUAAGAUAAAAGAUCUUGCUAGAUCUGAUGCUAGGAAAGACACUGAUUACUUGACGAAUCCUAGCACCAUCUUCAUCUCCUGGGAGGGGGUGUUUUUAGACGAAGCAAUGUCCCAGUACCAAGUGUCACUUAGUACCUAUCCAGGAGGUGAAGAUAUUCGUCAAUUUGCUGACCAUGUCUUCCCAGCCAGUGUGUCGUCCACACCGCUCACCAGCCUGAACCUACCGAGUGGACUGCGAUACUACAGCAAUGUACGAGCAUUCAACAAAGCUGGUCUGCACACGCUCAGAAGCAGUGAUGGCUUUGUGGUGGAUACCAGGAGGCCAGAUCCAGGCCUGGUCUUUGAUGGGAUAGAUCUUCAUGAUGUAGAGUAUCAGAACUCCAGCACAGUCAUCUCAGCCUCCUGGCAUGGCUUUGUGGACCUGGAAUCCUACAUAGACCAUUAUGAGUGGUGCGUUGGACAGACCCCUAGCCCUACAGAUGAUGGCAUUCUGCCCUGUACAAGUGUUGGAAUCCACCUGUCUGCCUCCAAGACUCUAGCUGUGCCUCUCACAGAUGGCAUCCGGUAUUACUCCAAGAUCUCAGCUAUGGACGCUGCCGGCCUACAGUCUGAAUCAUUCUCUUCAGAUGGGUUUGUGGUGGACACUACACCGCCUGAACCACUAGAACAUAUCCUUCUUGGGGAGAACUUGAUCCAGAAUCCAUCAUUUGAAAUGAUGCUGCAGGAACCAGACAACACAGAUAUGGAGGAUAUUAUUACAACAGUUAAUCCUGACAGUGGGUCAUUCAAUGAAACCAUGACAAGGCCAACAAAGUCACCUGAUAUUAAUGCAACUCAUGAAGCACCGACACCUUCAUUGACAGAGUCCUUGACUGUCAAUGCCACUGAUAGUUAUCCCACUUCUGACACCAAUUUGACAACUGCCGAAAUGCCAUUCACAACCAGUAAGCCAUCCACAGCUAUUAUUGAUGUUACACCAGAUGAGCUGCUAGGUCAGUGGAUCAUUGCAUCUAAUAGCCAGACUACUGUGGUCGCUUCUGACAAGAAGAUUGCUCAAGAUGGCCGUUCUUACUUGUCUCUUCAUGGCUCCAUCUCCCAAACCUUCCACACGUCACCGGGCAGCCACUACCAGGUUGUGGUCUUUGCGAGUCAUGCCGUGUUGUCCCACAAUCCUUUGCUGAAUCAAGAAGGUCGCAUUGAGGCACCAGGAUUGAAUCGCGUCUUCAGGUUGUAUGACCGGCCGACACACGGUCACUCAGACCAGAGUCUGAGGUCCAUCCAAUGGCAUCAGCACAGUUUUUACUUCACAGCCAGUGACGAUGUCUCAACAUUAACAAUCUCCUCAGUUGGAGAAUCCAAUGGAAUCCUGUUGGAUAAAAUUCAGGUGAGACCACUUACAACGGGACCGAGUUCUGGAGAUGGGUCCGUAGAAGUCCAUACUCAGUUCAUUCACAGCUGGUCGUCAAUCCAGGCCAAGUGGCAUUUUAUUGAUCCUGAGAGUCCAAUAGUGGACUACAGCUGGGCUAUAGGUACUACCAGGGGUGGCACCCAGCUUCAAAGCUUCACGUCAGUGGGUUUACAGACAUAUGCUAUCAACACUGACCUCAACAUGGCACAUGGCUCCUAUGUCCAUAUCACUGUGAUGGCAAGAAAUGCAGCUGACCUCAUUGCCAUAGCAACCUCUGACCCCAUACUGAUUGACCUAACACCACCACUGAUUUACUUUGUCUCUGACGGUGGCGAUGCAAAAGAUGUUGACUUCAGUGCGGACGAUGAUUCUCUGACCUUCAGCUGGUCAGCGUCUGAUCCUGAGAGUGGAAUUGACCACUGUGAAUGGGCAGUUGGAUCAGAGCCUGGAUUUGAUGACAUCCUACCAAGCUCAUCGUCUCCUGACGGCACUUCCACUGUCACCACCAGCCUGUCCCAGGCUAUGGUUGAGGGCCAGCGACUGUACGUCACUGUCACAUGCUACAAUCACGCUGAGAAGUCGUCAUGGAAGUCAUCAGAUGGUGUCACCAUAGUAACGGUGCCCCCAAGCUCAUCAGGAGCUGUAGUCAACGUGAAGACACUGUCAGAGACUCAGUACGAAACACGCGACGGGUACCAGUCACAGAGAGACUCCCUCAAAGGAUCAUGGGAUGGAUUCAUGGAUCCAUUCGGAAUCCAGUCUUACGAGUGCCACCUUAGUGGACCCGAUGCCUUCACCUCCUGGACACCUUGUGGAUCCACAUCAGAGACUCACCUGGAUUGGUCAGGUCUUAGCCUGGUGGAUGAUGCAACCUAUAGCCUGUCAGUCAGAGCCGUCAAUCAUGCUGGUUUGACCAGCCAGGCUAUCAGUGGCAACUUUACACUGAAGACUGCAAAACCUUCUGAUGGAGCCUCAGGUGUGAUCAGAUCCACCUGGCUGGGAGACGGGACGGUUGAUCUUGCCUGGGAUGGCUUGUUCUCCCCUUCCUCCUCCUUGGUCUAUGAGGUAUCUCUGGGUACCAUCCCAGGAGGUAGUGAUAUCAUGCAGUGGGUGGAGACCAUGGAGACUGAUAUGCGUGUCUCAACGCUGGCUCCCUUCACCGACUACCACUUGACGUUGACAGCCAUCAAUGCGGCCGGCUUGUCACAGACAGUCAACAAGAUCAUCAACAGUGAGUAGUGCAAUGUUAUAGUCUCAGACCUGCCAGCUUUCAUUUUUUGACAACAAAUAUCAUUAUUUUCUGUUGGUUUUGACUAUUCUUGGACGUUUUAAAUUGUAAGGGGUUAACCUUGCAUUUUCAUCAAAAUUGGGCAAAAUUUGGCUAUUCUUAAACGUUUAAAAU